CUUCCUCUCACUGAAAUCCCUGUGGCUAUUAGAUCUGUUGCACAAUGAAGCUGACCUCGGUUGGUGUGCUGGCCUUGGCUGGAACUGCCUUGUCCCAUGCCCACCAUGACCAUGACGAAAGCAUUCCCCAGCAUGUCCGAGAAGCGUUGCUCCAGAAAUGGAAUCAAGAGUGGACGUUCUCUGGAAUCGCCAGCUUCGCUCAUCUGAAGCCUGUCAAGUGUCUGAUUGAACCGGACGAGCGAUACGAUAUCGCUAUCAUCGGGGCUCCAUUCGACACCGCCGUUAGCUACAGACCAGGAGCUCGCUUCGGUCCCCGUGCCAUCCGCGCCGCCAGUGCCCGCCAAAUGGCCGGAACCGCAUACAACACACGCGCCGGCAUCAACCCGUACAGCUCCUGGGCCACGAUCAAAGACUGCGGCGACAUCCCCAUCACACCGUUCGACAACGGCCUCGCCGAACGACAAAUGUACGAAGCCUUCCUGGAGCUGGGCACGCGCGCGCCCAUAACAACCACCCCAGCAGCCACAUCAUCCGCGCAAGGCGGCAGCAAGGGCAUUUCCGCGGGCAGGGCCAAACUGGUCACGCUGGGCGGAGACCACAGCGUGGCCCUGCCUGCGCUUCGGGCACUGUACCGGAUCUACCAGAAACCGAUCACGGUGCUGCACUUCGACGCGCACCUGGACACGUGGAACCCCGUGCGCUACUCGGCCUACUGGCAAUCGGAGCAGUCGGCCUUCAACCACGGGAGCUUCUUCCACAGGGCCAGCCGCGAAGGGUUGAUUUGCAACGCGACCUCUGCGCAUGCCGGUCUUCGCACCCGGUUGACCGGCGUCGAUGAUGCCGACUACACUGCCCCCGGACCCGAGCAGGGAUUCAUGCGUAUCCAUGCCGACGACAUCGACGAACUCGGCGGCCCCAUGGGCGUCGUGGACGCGAUCAUCCGGCGGAUCGGCCUCGACCCUGAACAGCCCGUUUACCUUUCCGUGGACAUUGAUGUCUUGGACCCCGCCACUGCCCCUGGAACCGGCACCCCCGAGCCCGGUGGCUGGACUACCCGCGAGUUCAUUCGGAUCCUCCGUGGACUGGAGAAGUUGAACAUUGUCGGCGCCGAUAUUGUCGAGGUGUCGCCUAGCUAUGAUAACAAUGCCGAGACCACUGCGCUGGCCGCUGCACAGAUCGCCUACGAAAUCAUCACGAGCAUUGUCAAGGCCGGAGCUGCUGAGAAUCUGGGCGGGUGGUAUGGACGCAAGGAGGUGCCAGAGUCGGUGUACAAGGACGAACUGUAAAUGAGAUAUGAACCAUAUGGACCAACCAAUCUAUGUUCGAU